UUUCAAUUGAACGUUCAUAACUGUUAAGCUGAUCAUGAUGUCUGGACAACUGGGAGAUUGCUGUGUUUCAGGUGUCCGUCAUGAAGGCACACCUACUGGCGAAAUCAAAUUCAUCGGCGACGCCCGCUGCUACAUCUCUCGACCAUCCGACGGCAGUACACGCAACUGCUUGCUCUUCCUCCCUGAUGCCUUCGGUAUUGACUUGAUCAACAACCAGCUUCUUGCUGACGACUUCGCCCGUAAUGGACUGUUCACCGUCAUGCCUGACUAUUUCGAGGGUGAUCCUUUCCCAAUGGAGGCUUUGGAGCCUGCAGAAUCCGAGGAGAGACCUUUGAUCGACCGUGUCAAGGGUGCUAUCGCUGAGACCUUGACUAUUCCCAUCUGGCUUGGACGCCAUCCAGAGUCAAAGGUUAGGCCAAUUAUCGACCAAGCGGUCGCUAGUGUGAAAGCAGAAUUCAACUCCUCAAAAAUUCUCGCAGUUGGCUACUGCUUCGGCGGAAAGUACGUCUUCCAACUCGCGAGGGACGGCAUAAUUGCCGGCGGAGCCACAGCUCACCCAAGUCUUGUUACGCUCGACGAUGUCAAGGGUAUUCAGGUCCCUGUAAGCAUUGCCGCUGCCGAGACGGAUGCUAUCUACGUCCCCGAACUCAAAGAGCAGGUUGAAUCUGUCUUGAAGAACAACGGUGCGAAGUUUGAGACGAUCACGUACGAAGGAGUGACGCACGGUUUCGCCGUGCGUUCUGAUAUCACGGUGGAGGAGAAUCGCGUUGCGAAGGAGAAGGCCUUUGCCCAGUUUGUCAAGUUCUUCCAGCCGUUGCUUUAGAUAAUUGUAUCGUAACUCUCCGUCAUAACAAAUUAUGGCAG